CCCUGCUCGAUACCGCCAACGUGUGACGCUGGGGUCCAGAGGUGGCACAACACUUAUUAGAAAGGUCCCUUUCUUUCACUUACGCCCAAGAUUUACCGUUGUUCACGCAUACUACAUUCCGCCCUUCGCGUGAGCGUCACAUCACUGUCUGCGAGCCUGAACGACGACUUGUGCAUUUCUGCCCCAGCCACCAUUUCUAUCCUGUGCAAGCCCAGCGUUUUGUUUCUUCCAGUUCGCGAUCCCAACUUCUCGACGGCGCCCGUGUUCCCCAAUUCCUCGGCCGAACAUGCCGGCAGAUCUUUCAAACUAUCUAGCAUCUCGCUAUCUCGUCGCCGACCCGAAAUCAUCCUCCAAGAAACGCAAGCGAAAGCAUGCUCCGCCGUCCGGGCUACUCAUUACCGACGAUGACGACGCGACAUGGGCCAGCGCUGGCAAGCAGCAAGCAGACGACGACGAGGACGGCCCGGUAACCGUCGCCGGAUCCACCGCAGAGUUUCGCAAGGCCAAAAAAAGCGGCUGGAAAGUGGUCGGCGGACCCAAGGACGCCGCUGGGUCGUCCAACGAUGACACAGCUGCAGCAGAUGCCAUUCUCGCCGCCGUCGCCGCGGAGAACGCGGCCAAGGGGGACGACGACGAGGCACCGGUAGUCGAGGGGGGCGAACCGGCUGUCAAAAUGAGCGACGGAACACACGCUGGAUUGCAGACUGCCGCUGCCGUGUCGGCCCAGCUCAAGAGACGGCAGCGAGAGGAAAACGAAGAAUUCGAGAGGCAUCGCAAGCACGCAAGAGAAGAAGAGACGGUCUACCGUGAUGCCACGGGUAGGAGGAUAGACAUCUCCAUGAAAAGAGCCGAGGCCCGGCGAGCUUUGCUCGAGGCCGAGCGCAAGGAGGCCGAGGCCAAGGAAGCGUUGAAGGGGCAUGUUCAGCUCGAGGAAGCCCGCCAUCGGAGAGAGCUGCUCGAGGAUGCGAAAGUCAUGUCCUUUGCCAGGACGGCAGAAGACGAGGAUAUGAACCGAGAACUAAAGGAAAGGGAACGAUGGAAUGACCCAAUGGCGCAGUUCAUGAGUGAAAGAAGAGCAGCCCCAGGUGCCCGAGGCAAGUCGUCCAAAAAGCGCCCGGUCUACUCUGGCGCCCCUCCGCCCAAUCGUUUCGGCAUCAAGCCAGGCUAUCGGUGGGAUGGUGUCGAUCGGGGUAACGGUUUCGAAGCAGAGCGAUUCAAGGCCAUCAACAGACGGGAGAGGAAUAAGGAUCUCCAGUAUUCUUGGCAAAUGGACGAGUAGGAGGCUCAUGGCGUUUAUUUAAAUGAUACCCAAAAAUAUAUCUUACGUCUAGUCAUUC